ACUGAUAUUUAUAAGGACCGUGAGUUCCCGGGUAGUCUUUUUUCGCCGGUCGGUGAAGGCGGAAAGGGUGGGUGUACUAUUUUGUCGAGGCGGAAUUUCUCAACUUUCCCAGCUUUUUAAAAAAACCUUUAUUUUUAUCAGGUCUCCAUCCGCUUUGGAAUACAAAUACAUACUGGCGGGUUGGGUUAAACGAGCAAUUCCACAGAAUUGUCGUGCACUAUUACGUUGCAUUUCAGACAUAUUUGGACAGGGUUUUCUUUAAAGGGACAAGUGAUCUCACUGUAGUGUGGGUGGAAUGAAACGUCGUCGGUGACGUCUGUUUGCAAGUGAGAAAUUUGCCACGACUUUUGUUUGCGUGAACUAAUUUCAAGUAAAUAUAAGCGGUUUGGCUCAUUGCCGAGAAUAAUAGUGACUAUUGAAUUGUUUCGUUUUCCCAACUCGGUUUGGAUAACCUUUUCAAUUUUGCUUGAUGUUUUUCUUUUGUUUUAUUGGCUGAGAAGUGUAAGAGAGAAGAAAAUCCGAAAUAGAUGUUAAAAACGAAAACUAGUCGAGUCCGGUUUCAAGAGAAUUUUCACGCCCUUUUCGUUUUACUAGUGUGGCCAACAUGCUCCGGUGGGGCUGUAUGUGUACCAGCAGACAACAGAUGACUGAAUUCUACAAUCAACAAAUAAGUGCGCGCGGACUUGUUUGUUUUCUGGCGGACUUUGUUACGACGAGAAGGAGUUGUCCGGCGCCGGUGUCUUCGUGUCUUGCGAGCCAAAAGUCUAGACUGAAUUUGUCGACUGGAUCAAGAUAAAGGAUAUAGGCACGAAAGAGAAGCAAACAAAACACACGUAGGCCAAAUUUGAAGGGGACAUCACAGACUCGGUGAUCCGGUAUGAAAUUAUAAAUAUAUAAGGAAAAUCCAACGCACCUACGGUCGAAUUGGUUUCAUUAAUGUUGGAACAUUUUAUCAAGAAAUGAAUUGUGACCUUUUAUUUGAUGGAUGGACACAUAUCGGUUGAUAUGCUGUCUACACGAGAAAUUCGUGGAAGUGCGAGACCGAAAAAUCGCACGUAAACAGACGGACCGACUGUGUUUUAAAGGAUCUACUGGAAUGAACAUUAUAAAGCGAUUGCCGACAUUGAUCUUUAAAAGGCUUUCUUAGAAAUCAAGAAACCUGGAGUGGAGAUCCUGGAGAUCGCCCUGCUAGUUGUUUAUAGGCAACGAAAUUGCGCAGCGAAAUGGCCUGCACUGCUCAUUUUGUGUGAGACCCACUCCAGUAUUAACAAACCGGAUCUCGGUCAAUUUCUAUAUCUUAAGUGAGAUCAACUUUUACCUUACUUCGGAAACAGCAGAAACCAGCAAUGUUCAUUUCUGGUUGGACCCUAAGACCUAUAAGAACAAUAUUUAAACUAAAUAACUGAAGUAACCAUUUUAAAGUGCAAUGAUGUUGUGUCUAAAAAAAAAACGAGACGACACUCGUUUACUCACAGUCGGCUAGAUUGAACCGCACGCAUGAGUUCUCAAUCAACACGGCAGCCGCGGAAGUCUGGAAGUAGCGGAUCCACGGGCCACGGCUCGGUAAAAUUAAUUUGAAAAUGUUACCUUUUUCUUGGGAGUGCGGCUAUAAAUAACAGUUGACCUACCGAUCCUAUUUACUAUUGCUUGUUUUCGGUUUAAAUGAGAUUUUGAAAAACGAUAAAAGGUUUUUAUAGCCUACACAUAGAUGGCGUUGGCGCAAUGAAUUAGCAGACGACGAAGAAGUAAACACAACACCUCCAUACAUAAGGAUGUUGAGUUUAUGGGCUGUGUCCACUGCAACUGCAUGUCUCUUUUACAGCUCGCAGUCGUGCACAUAAAAAAUACCAACACCACUACUUUGUCUCUAUUAAUCUAAUUAUUCAUUUGGAGGCGUAUUUUUGAAAACUCUUAAUUUUUAACAACAUGGAUAAAACUUGUUACUUUUUUCGAAUCCCAACCGAAGUGAUGUGCAUGAUUGUUGGCCACUUGUCGCCAGAUGAUAAAAUUUCUUUCAAAUUUGCAUACCCUCAUUUUUUCUGUCAGCACAGGCACAUAAAUGUUAGGGAAGCCUUUGCCUGCAGUCAAGAAAACAUUGGAGAAAUACUUCUUCAUUACAACUCAGAUGUGGUGACUAAAUUAGAUUUUAACUUUUGUUAUUGGUUGUCGGGGAAAGAAAUCAGUGAAUUUGCAAAGAGUUGCAGUUAUCUCAAAGAGUUAUCUGUGGCACAUACGAAAAUUCCCACAAGUGACAUUGCUGAAGUGCUCUGUGAGAAUAUGAAAAUAUCUAAACUUUCCUUAAGUAUUCAAAGCCCAAAAAAUUAUUGGCGUGUCGAAAACUCUGUUGUUGAAUACCUGCAGCAGUUACAAGAAGAUCCUAACGGAAUGUCUGGCAAGAUGUUUUGGCAAAAUCUUCUUUCAUUGUCUCAGUUUGAAAAUGCCAAAGAGCCUUUGGCUCAACUUAGUUACUUAGAUCUCCACAUUGGACAGGAUCCACUCAUUUUAGGAACAAUUCUGAGUGCAUGUGAAAAUUUGGAAACACUUUGCUUAAGGCUAAAUUUGGAGGAAAGAAAGCCAGCUCAAGAAGAAUUAGAGACAGAAAACAUGACCUCAGGAAAAGAAAUUAACAGCUUGCUUGACAUUUUAGCUUUGAAAAAUGACGAGUACUGCAGCCCUGUCCCUCCGCGUUCGUUGAAAUCCAUUGCCGUGUUGGUUCACGGUAGAAGCAAGAAUGUCGAAGGUCCCAUGGAGAAAUUCAUCCAGAAAAUUGUUGAAAGCACCAAUAGCCAUCUGCAAUGCUUGUGGACUGCCGUACCCUUUUUAAAUGUGCGCGAUUCCAGCUUUAAUAUCAGCAAUAUGGUUGCUUGGAAGGAGACGAAAAAUUAUAAUAAUAUCAUCUUAUUACCCUUCAAACGUCUGCCAUCUAUUGAAAGUGUGGCUUGCAACAAAUACAUGCAAAGGGGAGACUUUAAUCUGCCGCAGUUGAAGCAGAUUGAAUGCGGAUUUUGGAAAGAUAACUUUGCUAGUUUUUGCCGCGCUCAUCCUGUCUUGGAAAAAUUACGACUGAACAAGCGCCCGUGCGAAGUUUCUGAGCUUUACAGCAUUGUCGAUUGGAGUCGUCUACCGCCAGUCAAAGUCCUUUCUGUUCAUUCACGAAUCAUCUACGCGUCAGAUUAUUUACAAAACAGUUGGAUGAGAAAUCGAGCUGAAAGAGCACUAUGCAUGCUGCUCAAGGAGUGCAAGUCGCUGGAAGAACUUGAAAUUGGACCAGAUUUCAGCGAAACCCCCGAUGCGUUAAUAAGAAAUUUACGAGAAACAUUUCUCACAGCCGAUUCUCUGUGUGGGCUGACGCUGUGUGCCAAUCUAAAAAAGUUUUCACUGAAUUCCGUCAAAAUAUCUUACAAACAAGAAGAGAUCAACGACACUUCGUUACUGGAAGAGAUCGUAACAAAAUGUCCCAAUCUUGAAUCGCUGAGGAUACAAGAUUUGAGCAUUGGUUUAACCAACCACGGUGCCGGAGAACGUCAGGUUGCCGUAUUGGAAAGGCUUUAUUGGUCUUGCAUAGAGCGAUGCUGUUUGACACUUCGGUCCGCCCAUAAACUUCGUGUGCUGAGAUGGAAGAUGCGCAUCGUUUCCGAAGCCUACGACAAGUUGAUUUGGCUCUUGACGAAUUGCCCUUCAUUGAUACAGUUGGGACUGAUCGCCACUACAGUGCACUGCGGACUUGAUAUGUACACCUGGGAUGAGGCGACAUUCACGACCUUCUUCGUUGAUUUGGUCCAGCGUUUGCCCAAAUUGAUCGCCCUUUUGAUCGUCCUUCCCGGCGUCUCCGUUUCUCACUGCGUUGCAGCCACAGCGGCUCUCGAGUCCAAGUUUUGCCCGGUUCGUCCCUGUUUCUGUGUGCAAAUCACCGACAAUCUGGAAAGUCCCAAUCCACCCAGUUUGCCCUGGAUCCACUAUCAAGCGCUGGCCUGCGACCCCUACACAUCAGUCGGCGAGUUACCAUUUCAUUUUACUACGUCCGACAGUCACUUUUGAUUUCCUUGUUAAGAUCUCAUCAUUAUUUACCCACUUGCAAUUCGACGUUCAACGUAAAAAAAUCUCCCCAAAAUUUUUAUCACAACUAGACUCAUUUGAUUGAUUGACCAUGUUAAAUUUUUAUGACUCUUAAGACACGUGAAUCAAUCAAUAUUGUAGUGUUUGGAAAUGUGACAACUUUCGUGAUACGCAAAAUUGCCACUUGAUGAAUUUUGUAUACGCAAAAUUGGCACUUGAUGAAUUUUGUACAUUUGACGUUCGACUUUUUCUAUACAAUCACUUCGCUAUUGUUGGUUAUGUUUGGUUUGACUCUUGUCACGUACGAGUGAAGUCAGCCUAUACGUGAGGAAACACACGAGUGUGCCAACCAAGAGCGGCUUGAUAGCAUUUCUUCGAGGCCGUCCCGACCUUCAGUAGACCACCGAAGCCGACAGUAAGAAACAUCCUUGUAUUAUCGAAGCCUUCAGAAAACCUGUCACCAUUUCCUCUGAAAAAUCGUUAGGCUGUGGUAGCUGGACUGCGGUAAGUAUAUACGCUUAUGAAGUAUGCACUGAUUUGAUUCUACUUUUUCUAGUUUUAGUUUUGAAUAAUCCAGACUACUUUAUUGCAGUCUCUAAUAAUUAUGAGUCGUAUUUUUUUUUACAGUUCUUUGUGACGUAAGUAACUGACUAAUUACUAAUAAUUUUUUUUUUUUAAUAUUUACAGUAUGAAACGUAUUGUAUUGGUUAGGUACAGAGUUCGCUUCUGAAUAAUAACUGAAAUAUUCAGUCAGGAACAUUUUUUUAAAUUAUAGCAAUCAGUUCGUUACAGGUGUCAUUUUUUCCCGUGGAUCGAUUUCUUUUUAGAAAUGAUGGUGAUGACCGUAUCCGUGUCCACCAUAACCGUAACCAGGAUAUCCUCCGUAACCAUAGCCUCCGCCGUAACCGCCGUAGCCUCCUCCGUAGCCACCAUGGCCAUGGUGAUGGUCGUGAUGAUGAUGGUGUCCACCAUGAAGAAGUCCAUCCAAGAUACCCAGGAAUGGGGCAGCCUCAACUGUCAUCAACAUCAUCAUGACAAAGAAACCAAGAACUGCGACCUAAAGAAGAAGAAACGUCCAAGUUAACAACAAGGCAAGUCAAUUUUAAACUGUCACAGUUAGUGUUACCAAAUUGCGGAUCAUUUUGCUGCUGCUGCUCGUGAUAAACUGAACUGAUCAAGUGGCAAGCGCGCCGCCUUUUUAUACGGGAACCAGCAGCGGAAGACGCAGCCGCCGUGGAGAAAUAUGAGGAAGGCAAACGGUAACACACUGCAAGGUUACGCACAGCACCGACCGCUUUCGCUUAUUACUCGUGCGGGUUUAUUGUCGGGACGACCUUGCCUCCAAGCGUAAGUUUUCCGGGGUUUUGUAAUCUCCCCAUUUCACGCUUAUGUUUUUGUUUCUUAUAAGUGAGGCUGUUUCAUUUAUUUUUUUUGCUGUGAUGAGUGUUUUCGAAGCACAAGAGAUUUGUCAGGGCCGUUCUAUGUGUUGUAUUAUUGCUCUUGUCAUUUGGCGUGUUGGCGAGCAAGAAUGUCAGUGUGCUGCUGAUGAAUCUCUUGCAAAACAGGUGGAGACUUCACGACUUUAAGUGGUUUGAAAGCUGACUGGAUGUGAACCUUGGCCUAGAUAAAUGCCACACGGAAGACGCUGGUGGGCUACAAAGAGGUCUGAAAGGGAUAGAGAAAAAACCGAAACUUUUCAUCGAGGUUCUUAAGGUAUUUAAAUAGUUUAGCUAUUUGUUCUAAGGCCGUUCCCGUUCGAUUUGUCCAGAUAAUAGCCUACCUGCAGGGUGCCCGCCCUUGCAACUCCUUGCGAUACACUGUUAAGUUGAUGGUGUUGAAAUUUUUUCGGGGCAGCAUCAUGAGUAGUGAUUGGUGGUGAGGUGUCCUUCUGGGUUUUUCCUGCAGGGUUGUGUCAUCAAAUUGGGUUCGAAAAAUGUUGCAUUAACCUAAUUAGUUGACACAAUUAACCAAAGUACUAGAAAGAAAUAGCUGUAAAACAACGUUUAGCCCUAUGUAGUUAAAAUCAACUCACAAAAUCUAACCACUAAAUCGAACUCUAACAAAAUUUUAAAAUAAUUAGAAUCGUCAAACUAACAUGCAGAUUUCAAUUUGUGUGGGUUUUUUCUCGUUGAAACGAGUUUUUAUCUGAGCUAGUCAAUCCUCGCAGCAUGGACCGAGUGGAGCAUUUUCUACAUUGCAUCACCACUAAAUUUAUUCAUCGAGAUAGCGCUGAAUAUUGGACAAAAACAAGCGGAAACUGAGGAACGCCCAAAACGUGAUCUCUUCUAUGCUGAUCCCAGCAGCUAUAUAAACGAAAGAAGCUUUUCCAUCAUUGAGAAUCAAUAUAAAACAUUCAAGAAGAUGCAUCGUCACCUCCUAAUGCUACUACUCAUUAUCGCGACGCUUAUGGCUGCCCAAUCUCUGGCCGACUUAAUAGGGAGGUGCCCAAAUUCGUGCAGAUAUGACUGUCCGGAACGCAUACCACAAAACGAGCCUUGCGCAAUCUGCCAAUGUGGAAAACCAUAUGGGCCACUUUGCUGCCUAUAAACACCAACCAUAAUCAAUUCUUCAUAUUUUUAAUCAAUUGUUCAGCAAAAUUGAACUAUAUGCUUUAAAAGUUAUAACGCGCUUUCUCUUUUAGUUUUCUGGAAUUGUUUUAUUUUGUAAUUCAUUAAUUCUAUUUCUAAAAAAGUUUUUCUUUCACAUCAA